GGCACGCAACCCCGCGACUCAAAUAACUUACGUCCGCGAAAACAUUGUUUGUUACCUUCCUGCUCAUAACUGUGAUAGUUCUCGAUUACUUCGCGGUGUAACUGAAGCUUUUCUGACUGUUUAUAAUGUUAAGAAUUUGAAACAGUGUCGUGUGAGUGUUCUAAGAAAUACCGGCUCCGUCAGUCAUGUCAUCAAGUACGGUUUAAGUGCAAAAUCUUCUUGAGUUCCACUAAAAAUGCUCACAAGCACAUUGGGACUGAGUUUGAUGUGAAUCUGGGAAUUUAGAUCAAAGAGCGCUUUUACGGCUUAUUCGGGAGGCGACGAAGCGCAUCGGUGACGGGCCGCUGUGGCAGUAUGAUGGACUGUCUGUGCCCCGCACCACGCACGCUCGCCUGCCGCAUCGUACUGCUCGACGAAAGAGAAUUGUUUCAUGAGAUUCAGGAUAAUAACACCGGACAAGGCUUGCUUGAUGUUGUCUUCAAACACUUGGAUUUAUUGGAAACAGCUUAUUUUGGUCUUCGGUACCUCGAUCAAGAAAAUCAAACUCACUGGUUAGAUUCCGGGAAAAGACUUCGUCGGCAGCUACGAGGGUCAGACACCCAUACAUUUUAUUUCGGCGUUAAGUUCUACGCAGCCGAUCCUUGCAAGCUACUGGAAGAAAUCACUCGGUAUCAGUUAUUCUUGCAGCUGAAGCAAGACGUUCUGCGUGGUCGGUUGCCCGUAAAUUUCGACCUAGCCGCCGAGCUCUCCGCAUAUGUUCUUCAAUCGGAGUUGGGUGACUACGACCCGAGGCGUCACGCGCCCGGCUACGUGUCGGAGUUUAGACUCCUCGCACACCAAGCACCAGAACUGGAGACACGAGCUGCCGAGAUACAUCGCACUCUCGCAGGUAUUUCGCCGGCGCAGGCAGAAUUAAGUUACUUAGAUAAGGUGAAAUGGCUCGAUAUGUACGGUGUGGAUUUGCAUCCCGUCUUAGGCGAAGACAGCGUAGAAUAUUUCCUAGGACUGGCGCCGAGCGGUCUACUACUUUUAAGAGGCAAGCACACAGUCGCCAAUUAUUACUGGCCUCGAGUUUCGAAACUUUAUUACAAAGGACGAUACUUCAUGCUUCGCGUAGCGGAUAAAAACAAUGAGACGUCAACGUAUGGGUUUGAGUCUCCUACAAGAUCGGCGUGUCGACAUCUGUGGCGCUGCUGCUCCGAUCACCACACCUUCUUCAGAUUACAGCAAUCAUCGCCUGCUUCAGCUGAGACGCUCGCGUUGGGUUCUAGGUUUAGAACUAGUGCUCGCGGGACACGCCCUCGUCCGCCACCCGCAUUCACGCGGACGCCAUCACGACGGAACGCGCGCCCCUCAUACGCUUCAAACUCAUCUCUAAUUGACGUGCCAAAGUUAGAAGAUUUGAGAUUGAAAGACUGCCCACCGGAAAUUAAACAACCUACCUCAGUACAUCGUCCCAGUUCUAUAAGUGGUGAGGUGCCAGCGAUAGGGUGUGAGGUCCCAGUAGCAGCGGGCGGUUCGCCUCGCUCGACGCGUUCAGCGCCGGCUCGCCGUGGCCUCUACUCCGCGUCACCGGCAGCGACGCGCCCGCCCCCCGCUCCGCGACAUCGCUCCGCUUCUGUCGAUUCGCAAAGCUCUAACGAUUCUAGAUCCAAUCGAAAACACAAACACCGGUCUCGUCGACAACAGUCUGAUGCCGAGAGUGAAUUGUCUCGUGGUUCAGGCCGGUCGGGGCGGCGACAUCGACGCCAUCGAUCCCGGCAUAAGCAUGAGUCCGGCUCCGAAAGAGACGAUUCUCAGCCUGAUACCAAAGAAUAUGAGUUAGUUGACUCGGAUUUGCAAUGGAAAGAGGUCCUACGACAGACCACAGCGGGCAGUGGUGUCCAAGUUGCUAGUGUUCGUCGGUCACAGAUGGAACCAGAAAUUGGAACACACCGUUCUUCACAUAGGCACAGAAAGCAUAAAAAACAUAGGUCACGUUCCAGAUCUCCUAGUGAAAAGAAAUGGUUGCCAAGUGAGGUGAAACAGCAUUUGGAAUUUUCUUUGAUUGACACUACUGGAAUGACGGAAGAGCAACUUAAAGAAAUACCAUAUACUGUCGUACAGACUAGUCAUGCUCGUCAAACAAAGCUACGAACCUCUUCUAAGCAUCGGCAGGUAGAAAACGGCUCAUUGGCAAGACGAGACAAAAUCUCUUCGUCUCAUAAAAACACGAACGACACUCUCAAUCAAGGAUCUCUUCGAUCCAUCUCCAGUACUUUAAGCUCUCAUAGGACAAGCAAUGAAAAACAUGGAAGGCGAGUAUAUCCAACGUUCGAUGAUACCGUUGGGCAUACCGGAGAUGAUUUCUUGACAAACAUUGGUUAUAGAGGAAACGUUACUCCAAGCUCAAACAAUAACAAUCCGUAUAGUCCGGUCACAAACAGCAACAGCAACAGCUCUAGCGGUGAACUGAUAUCAGGAAGUGCGCGUGUUUCUCAUGAACAUACAGAUUCAGGUCUCGGCGCCGACCAAGAUUACGCAUAUUCUUCAGAGAGCAGGUCGAGCGACAGUGCUAAGUGCGGUGCAGGCGGGUCGACAGUCCCUGUGAGUAGGCAGUGUGUUGGCGCGGGUGCUGGGACGGGAGCGGAGCCGCGGGGUUGGCGGCGGCCGCCGGCUGCACCGCGCGGGUCUGGCUCACAGCGUUCGUUGGUGUCGGUGGCGAGCGACAGCGCGGCCGCACGCCGCCCGCGCGAACUCACACCCCGCGGCUACCCACACGCUGCUCACGGAAGCAUUUCUCUCUUCAGACAUGCUAGCAACAACAACAUAUUGGUGGGCGAGAGCGGUUCGCUGGCGCGGCGGUACGCGCGACCCUCGCGCGAGUCUCGCGACCACAACGCGAACCUGCCGCGCACACACUCGCGUCCCGUCACGCGACACGACAACACUCUCGACAUUAUCUUAAAACCUCUCAUUGAAAGCACGCAACUGCAGAGCAACUGAACGAACCAGGAGAGACAUCGGAAACGCCUACGCCAUCCUUCUCCGGAAAUAAGCCAGUUCCUGCCGAAAUGAGCACGGAGCUAUAAUUUAUUUUUGAUUUUUUAAAUGAAAACAACAUAAGCACAAUGACUGUUUACUGAAAUAUAAAAUUGUAACCCUUCUUCCAAAGUAUUUUUUCACAGUAAAAUUUUCAGUAUCACGUUAAUGAGACUCGAAUUUUUUUUGUAAAUACAUAUUUCAUAUGUGCAUUUAUAAUGUUGAUUAGUGUUUAUAAAACUAGGUAUGUAAGUUUGAACAGUUUAUACCUCGUACCAAAGACUUUGUAAUAAUUCAAAACAAUAAUGAUUUUUUGAUAUAUUCCCUUUACUACGAAAAAACAAUAUAUCGAAACACUUUUCAUGAGAAUCUCAAAACAGUAUUCAAUUAAUGAAAAUUUUACGCAUUUUUAAACUACACUAAAAUUAUUCUAAAACCAAUUCUAAGCGUAAGAAAUACUUUUUAACGUAUUUUUGUCUUACAUUAGUUUAGUUAAUCAAUGAUGUUGUCAUUUAAAUAUGUGUUUAAUGCGUUUAAAUUCGUACUGAUUGUCAAUUGAAUAGCGCAAGAGAUGAACUUUACCACGUAAAAGCACAUAUUCACUUCAGGGCAUAGUUUUGCACGCCAUUGUACUCUAUGCCUUGACAUCCUUUGUACAUGUAACUGAAGGGAAAUAAGGGUUCGGCUGUAAUUUGAUUGAGUCUAACUAGUGUCUUCCCCUCCUCAAGUCGCUGGCAAGCAAUGAGCCGAGUCUAAGCGACUGAGUAUCUUCUCGAUAAGCUAUCAUCAGUGGUUGGUGACACGAUGAUUUUCAUUGUUAUAUAGCUCAGACGUUGGUCAAUUUCUACAUUUGAGUCGUCUAUUAUCAAAGGUGACAAUCUGUGCAUUUGGACAAAAAAAAUUUAUUGAUAUGUCAAUACAGAUUAAUUUGAAUAUAAUCGACU